AUGAGAUUUCGGCCCAAAAGCACGGGCGCCGCCCCCGCCGGCCACUUGCCCAUGCCUGGCGGCUUCCACCGAAUCAAAGCCGUGCGUGCCAACCGCCUUUGGCUCGUGGUGUUUGCACUUUUUUUCCUCUGGGUUUUCAGGCCGCUCCGCUGGAUCCCCAGUUUUUCUCGCCAUCACCCGGUAUACCCGCCCGGCCUUCCGCCCGGGUGCAAACACACGGUUUCGUCCGCGUCGCCCUACAUAUACCCGCCGAUCGAGGACGCGGAUUUGUUGCGUCAGAUUGGCGUCACCAACCUCAUACACAUCACCCCCGAGGAUGCCGGCCGUCCGCUGCGCAUGGAGUCGUUGAGCUCCCUCGACGACGCGGAUCCGGUCAAGCAGAAAAUCAAAGAGGACAACGAGAACGCGGCGUCCAACGAGGCGCGCGCCAUCAAUCACUUCAAGAACCAGGCCAAGGUGGUGUUCUCGCCCAAACUGGCCAAGAAGAGCCCGAAGAUCGUCAUUGUCACGGCGCUCGACUUCGACCGGUACCCAACAGCCUCGCUCGCCAAGCUCGUGCAGAACAGAGUCAACUAUGCCCAUGAGCACGGCUACGGGAUCUACGUCCGGUGGGCCCAGGAAUUUGUCCCCGAGCUAAACUCGAUGGACUUUUUGGGCGAUGUGGAGCGCUCGAAGUGGAUCCGCCUUUUCUGCGUCCGUGCGGCCAUGUUCGCGUUCCCCGACGCAGAGUGGUUCUGGUACUUUGACCAGGACGGGCUCGUCACCAACAUGAAGGUGGACCUCUACUCGUACUUGUUGACGCCAGACGCGUGGCGAGGCGCCAACCUCAAGGAGCAGCCGGUGAUUCCACCAAGAGGUCUCAUCAAGACCUACAAGAACCUCCGGCCUGCGAACGUCGACUUGAUUUUCACCCAGUCCGAGACCAAAAUCGAGACCAACUCGUUCCUCGUGCGCAAUUCCGAGAUUGGCCGCGCCACCAUCGAGACCUGGCGCGCCAGGCAUUACUUGGAAUACAACAACUUCCCCUACGGGCCUGACUCCGCCAUCACGCACAUCUUGCAGUGGCACCCGUUCGUGUUGAGCAAAACGUCUAUUGUGUCUGCGCGCACCAUCAACUCGUUCUUUGCUGAGACUGUCUCUCUGGAGGACAAGGCCACCGACCACAUGCACUACUUUCCGGGGGAUUUCGUCGUACAAUGGGCGAGCUGCGGCACCAGCACCGAGUGCGACCUGAUCUUGCAGAAGGUUGCUGGAGAUGUGUAG